AUGGAGAACAUUGUCGAGAACUCACUUUUCGCAGGAAAGUUCACUGGUGGCAACGAGAACAAGGCCAUUGUCACCUCUACCGCAGGAAACUCCCUCGACAACCGAAAAGUUUGUUAUUAUGGAGGCAGUAAAGGAGGAGGACCAGGAGAAGACUGUAAUGGUGGUGCUAGUGGAGAGCAUGACAUUAGUUAUGGAGGUGGUUCUGGUGGAGGAUAUAGUGGUGCUUGUAGAGAACAUAGCACUGGCUAUGGAGGAGGUGACAGAAGUGGCGGUGAAGGUGGUGUAGGGUAUGAUACUGUUGGAAGAGCAUAUGGAGGUGGCUAUAGAAGUGAUGGCUGGUGGAGGUGGUGGAGCAUAGGACAGUAG